UGUUACAGAAUGGAUUGCCUACAUGCUGUGAUGUUUGGAUCGUUGCUGAUCAUUGUAUUUUCUGCAGUACAGGGUGUCCCGUUGUGCGAGUGGGGCAAGUAUGGACACAACUGUGACCGACUAUGUUCAGAUCACUGUAGACUUCAUCCUGUCAGAAACCUUCGACACUGUCAGAAAUAUACUGGGAAGUGCUCAGAAGGGUGUGUUCGCGGUCGGCAUGGUGACCAAUGUGAUCAACUUUGUAGCCCGAACUGCAUCAACAACUCGUGCAUUCAAAUCAACGGAGGAUGUACCCUCGGGUGUAUGGAAGGAUACAGUGGAUAUUUCUGUAACAAAACAACAGGUGUUCAGAUACAGUCAACAGUGACCACUACCUACAGACCAUGUGACUGGGGCAGAUUUGGGGAAACAUGCGAUCAAGCCUGUCCUCCAGGCUGUGCCCUGGGUUCCGACAGAAACACCAACUACU